AUGGUCAGAAACCAUGCCAAUCUGCAGCUAGGAGGUUUUGCUGUGGCUACUCUAGCAUGGUUCCUUUGUAGUGUUUCUAUGGGCCUCCCCGAGUGGCGAGUGUGGUGCUUUCAAGAUCCACUGGACUCCAAGCCCAGCAUGACCUUAGUCGGGAUGUGGAGAACCUGCGUUCACCACCAGGAAAGGAAUUCCAGCAUUGUCAGAGUGUGUUAUCAAUACAGCUACCAGGACACCUUCAUUCCUUUGGAUAUUCGAGUGGCCCAACACCUGCUACUCAUUUCCAGCCGUCUCGGCAUGCUUGCUGCAAUAUCUGACAUCAUUGCACUUUGUAAAUUGUACUCAGGGAGACUCCGGAAGAAAGCCACCUACAAUCCAUUCUGUCUUCCAGGGAUUCUGAACAUCAUUGCCAGCAGCUUUGUCUUCCUUACCAUCUUGUACAAUUAUGUAUCCAUCAUUCGCAAGGAUGGGAUUGCCUUCCCCCCAUAUUUCCACACACCCUCCUUCCCAGAUACCCAGAAAGUUGGCAUUGCACUGGCAAUGGCAACCCUUUCUUCUUUCUUAUUUCUAGUAGGUGGCACCAUUGCCCUUUCUUUCACUCUUCCCUCAAGGAACUGGACUGACUUGUUCUAUGGGAAGUCAGCAAAAAGUCACUGCUCGUGGCUCUUCGCUGUGGACGUGGAGGACCAGAAGGCUGCUGCCAGUGCCGAGGACUCUGGCACUUCAGAUUGGGUUUUUUGGACAGAACCUAGCUGGAUCAGCUUUCACAAGCCCAGCAGGAUCUCCCAUGCUAUCAGGGGACGUUGGUGCCUGCAGUAUAUAUUCGAUGACGUAGAAGGAUGUCUGAGCAUAUCCGCUUACAGGGUCUUGGAAAGUACAGGCACCUUGGAUCCCACCAGCGGCAUGAAACCAUAUUGUAUCUGGCCCAUGGCGUACUGA